AUGGCAGAAACAUGUAACCCUGAGUUUGCGCUUGCUAGCAAUCCGAUAUGCUUUUUUUCUCUCUUAAUUUCUUUAGUCAGUUUGGGAUUUUACAUAUUUAUAGCGGUGGCACAACUUGGUUCACCUGAUGAUUUGGUACAGGAUUCAACGUACAGUUGGUCUACGUUUCCUAUCCUUAUAGCACAGUUCAGUGGAACUAUAAUAGGGGUCAUUGCCCCUAUCAUUAGAUGUUUUACAGUUGUGAGAUACAAAUCUUUUGGUAGGGGGCUGGGAGCUUAUGGUGGAUGUGUUCAGAGUGGAAAGAUAUUGGACUCAUACCCUAUUCGAGUGGAAGGAAGAUCCAAUAACCUUUCGGUUAAGGAGUCGGAGAUUAAGAAGGUUUAUCCGGAAACUGAAAAGCACCGGUCUUAG